AUGCCUGGAGCAACGGACGUGCCGGUAGGCUACAAACAGCGAAAGUCUCCUGACAAGAGCAAAAAGGUUGCGCUUCCCAUCGUCGACUCUUUGCCAGUGCAAAGGUGGACUCCGGUCAACAGCGUUAUCGGCCUGCAGUUCUGCUUUCAUCUGUGUGAGGUCCCUUUCCCCCUUUUUUUCUGCGGUGACCGGCGCAUCUCGGCGUGUGAAAACCCGGCGUCGGCAGAGUGUCAUAGCGUCGCGGUCGCUCCGGAGUGGCACCUUCGUUUGCUUCAUUUUCCCGGGCUGGAACGUGAAACUUCCUCGAAGUAAAGUUGCCGUUCACCAGAAAAUUUUGCUGGCGGAGUUCAGGUGUUUUUUGUCGACUGUCCCCGUCGUCCUGCACCCUGGAAACUUGGAUCUGUUGGAACGGGCAUUCCGGCAGUCGCGAGAUCCACAUUUGGAGUUCUACCACAGGCUACAUCGAGAGCAACCUGACGCGUACAGCAGGUGAAGGGGAAGGUUUUUAAGCGUCAAGAGGCCUGCGUCACAGUGGAGCGGCGCGUGGGGCAGAAUUGCCGCUCGAUGCCGACCGUCCAUAGGUAUUUUUCCAAGAGCAAGGAGUCUCUGGUGGCCUUUCGCUUCCUUCUCCGUUUUUUCUGAGCGGCCUUGCUCCGCCAGAGAAGCGAAAUGACACGAUUAUAGGCGACAGACGCUCUCACAGAGGGGUUCCAAAGCAGCCCAGAUGUCCUCGUGCUUUCGAGUAUCUGGUGUGUCCUGAGGCGUGAAGCGUCGCCUUGGAGACGAAACGCCUCUGCUGCCUUCGGGGAACGCCACCCAGGUUUUGCUAAAGCAAGAUCACUCGUGUUUCUGGGAGGCUAAGGAGACUUUCGCUUCAGUCUCCCGCCGUCUUAUCGAAUUGAGCAGGUGGCUUUCGGCUCGGCUUUUCUUUUGGUGCACGACGAGUCCGACUUUCUCCAAAAUAAUUUCAAAGAAGCUGCCCGAAACCUCAAUGCAAAGGAGACGGCUAGUUUCAUAUAUCUCUGGUAUAAAUUUCAUGUUGCGGUACUGAGAACGCUCCGCGUUUCUCCUUGCUACUUGCGGUUUAUGUUGGCGGUUGCUACAUUGGUGACCGUCUUUCGAGGAAACCCUCCAGUUCUUUCCGCUUCAGCGAAAUCGAGUCAUUCGUUUUGAGAACGUUCAACGAUUGAAUUUGUAUGGUGUAUCCAUCUCGUAUAUUUGGGUAUGCGUUUAUGGAAACUGGAAACCAGGCUGGCGCCCGGUUUCUCAGCCCCGAUCACGCUGUCACAGGGUUUAGCAGCCUGCUGUCCAUACGGUCAUCAUCUCGCUUGCACCGACGGAAUCUAGCCUCUUCAUGCGAACGG